AUGUCUAUAGUCAAGAAAUUCUCUGCAUCAGCUCCAGCCCAAGACAUUUUUCAGAUUCUCACAGCAGAUAACGUCGUCGUGAUCGAGAGCGCUGCAAAGGCUGAAUCUCUCGACGCCACCAUCAGCGAACUCGGAUCGUUGACUGAGGGCCAGAACUUUGGUCUAGUUGGCAAAAGCCGCACAUUCGCUACCGAGCUUCUUAUGAACGAUCUGUUCAUCGACCUCACCAAGCGUUUUCUCACGGAUACAUGCACUAUCUACUACUCCGAUGAGCGCACUGUUUCUACUGCUGAGCCUCAGGUGUCGUUCACGUCUGCUCUCGUAUCCCCGCCUGGCUCCGCUGGCUGGGGCCUCUGUCGCCAAGAUGACUGUCAUCAUACAGUUCACCCUGCCAAGCGAGAGACAGACUUUGGGAUUGCGUAUGCAGCGACUGAUAUCACCAAGCAUAAUGGUGCCAUUCGCGCUGUCAUUGGAUCCAAUAUGUGGAAGAAUUCUCGAGAUCCCACAGAUAAGGAUGAAACGCUUAUCGAGCUGAACAAGGGCAAUGCAAUCCUUUG